UACUGCAAAUAACUCUGGAGGCUGGGCUUGUAAACAGCUGUCUCGUCGUUGGGACGUUAAACACCGAUUCUUGUAUGUUGCUGACAGCUGACAGAGAUGUCAGAGACGUCAAGUGACGCAGAGUCAUCCUGUGGCUGGACCAUUAUCAGUAAUGAGGGUUCAGAUAUUGAGACAUUGGGAUCGGAGGUUGCGGUGGAGUAUGGAGCCGAGCUGUUAGAGCGCCAUCCAGUGGAGGAAGCAGAGCUGCAGGACACACAGACGUCUGCGUCUGCUGGUAAAACUGAGAGUGUUGAGGAGAGGGUUGCUGAUUCACUUGAUGACACUCUGGGAGGAACAACCGUAGACGAGACACUGAAUGCCUCAGAGGGCGGAGACAGCACCCCGGGGAAACAGAACGUGACUCUGUUGUCCUCCAGUGAUCACUCCGACAUCAUGACUCUCGGAGACUUGAAGGAGGACGAGCACGUUGAGGUGGAAGAGGAGGCGGCAGCCAACGAGGAGUUCUACCUCGGCACCUCCUGCAGCAGCCAGUACGCCUUCACCGCCGCAGAGACCGCAGGUUUGAUGUUGAGUCACUGGAAACUUCCACAGAGUCUCGUGAACUUAGGCUACCGUCUGAGAAGUCAGCUCACUGGAGGCCGCUCUUUUCCAGUGUUCCCAGUGCAGCAGCCUGCAGUGACAAACUCAAGCAGCAGCGAGGACGAGGCGGGACGAAGCGGCAGCACUGUUGUCAGAAGACGAAGGUUGAGGAAGAAUACCACGAGCAUCGUGACAGAGCCGGAGGAGGAAGAGGCGCUGGAAUCUGACCAGAGUGAGGAAGAUGAGGUGCAGCAGGAGGAGCAGGCAGAAGUCAGACCCGCCGGCGCUCCGGAUGUCCAAACGAAAGUCCAGGGCAGCGGCAUCCUCAACAGGUGUAUCCUGAUCGCCCUCCUCGUAGCCUUCAGCAUGGGCUUUGGACACUUCUGUGGAACAGUCCAGAUUCAAGAAAGACAGAAAACUGUGGAGAAAAUCAAAGUGAAUGAACUCGAUGGUGUGAGGGAUCUGCUUCACCGACAUGUUCGAGGGCAACCUUUUACAAACCAGAGGGUUGACUUUGGCCUGGAUGACCUGGAUGAGCAAAAUGUUAUUUUACAGCUGACAGAAGAGAUUGAGAAGAUCAAGAAGGAGAACCAGGAGCUCAGCAUCCAACAGGCACAGAUUCAGGACCAGAAAGAUGAUCUUGAGCUGUUGCUGUAUCAGGAGGCUGAGGAGAGGUCUAACCUUGUGUCCCAGCAGCAGAUGUUGACGGCGGAGAACCAGCUGCUGAAAAGCUCCCUGGAACGUGAAGAAAAGUCCCUGUCCACCUUGCAGGAGGAGCUGAGGAACCUGCGCUCUAAGAUUAGAGAUCGGGAAGCGACGGGAGCUGGUGGUGACACACUGCUGUCAGAAAACCAGAGGCUGAAAGAACAGCUGGAGGAGGAGAAACAGCUGAUCAGGAGCCUCCGUGGUCAGAGCGAAGACAUGAUGGCAGAAGCACAGACACUGAGGAAGAAGCUGGACAAGGAGAGAAAGGUCACAGAUGAGCUGAGGAGAGAGUUAAACCUACUGAGAAGUCACAUACCUGGAGCUGGAAAGGAGGCCGGUACAGAGGCAGAAGGGCUCCAGUCCCGUCUGAUGGAGAUGGAGAAAAGACUGAGCUUCGAGCAGCAGCGCUCCGACCUGUGGGAGAGGCUGUAUCUGGAAACCAAAGAAGAAAGAGUCAAAGGAGACACAGAGUCCAAAGUGAAAAAACCAAAGGAGAGCAUGGCGGGCAAAGUGAAAGAGACAUUUGAUGCUGUGAAGAACUCCACCAAGGAGUUUGUCCAUCACCACAAAGAGCAGAUAAAGAAAGCAAAGGAAGCUGUGAAGGAGAAUCUGAGGAAGUUUUCAGAUUCUGUCAAACUAACUUUCCGAAACUUCAAGGACUCGGCUUCGACCUUCAUCGACAAAGCCAGAGGUUUUUAUGACAAGAGACGUGAUCAGAAGAAUGCCAAAGAGUCGUGGCAGCACAGAUCCCACAGGCAUCAUCACAGACACACAUCUGACGACUUCCAGAGCAACACUCGGAAGUCAGGAGGUAAAGUUUACGAAGAUCAGAGUCAAAACACCAAGAAGUCAAACUUCAAAGGAUGCUCCGGUGUGUUCGACUGCGCCUACCAGGAGUCCAUGAGUCUCUUCAACAAAGCCACGGAGCCGAUCAGAGCAGACGAGUUUCACCAGCUGCUGCAGAGUUACCUGCAACAGGAAGUCGACCACUUUCACCACUGGAAAGAUCUGGAGACGUUCAUCAACAACUUCUUCCACAACGGAGUGUUCAUCCACGACCGGAUGCUGUUCACAGACUUUGUCAGCGGCGUGGAGGACUAUCUGACCGACAUGCACGAGUACCACGGCCUCGACGAGGAUGUGUUUGGAGACCUCGAUGACUUCAUCUACCGCCACUUCUUUGGAGAGGCUUACACAAAAAGCUACGGCCCAAACGGGCCGUUUGAAAGACCGGACACAGACUCGAAGGAGUCGAGGGCGAAGCAUCAACAGCGAAAGCAGCAGAGAGCCAAAUCUCGCCCACACAGUGAACGCAAGUGGAGCCGAUCAGGAAGAAACACAGACAGACACAUGGCGGACGUCAAAAUAGAACUGGGUCCGAUGCCGUUUGAUCCCAAAUACUGAAAACAUCUCGACUGGUUUAAUAUUAUAGUUGCAAAAUCUAUUUUGGGUUGUACUUAGAUGCAAAGUCUCCUCUUUUUUUUGUUGUAAGUUUGCACAAUGUUAACUUUGUAAUGCUACUGAAUGUCCUUGAUCUGUUUGUGUGUAGUGAAGUAAUCGUUACUAGGUUUGAGUGAAAGAUGUGGCAUCUCUUACAUCAUCUGCACAUUUGUAACAGUAUGAGUUCAUUCAUGAAAAAGAAACGCUUUUAUUUUGUUCUGUAAACUCUGUACUCGUCUUCAGCCACACUGAGCAGGAAAUGUUAACUGGGAACCAAACUACUGUUUAAAAACAACAAAGACAUGCCACAUUUUGGAUGUUUCUGUGUAAAGUCACGUAGUUGUUCUAAUUUGCUGCUACAAACAGGUUUGUUUGUUUGUUUGUUUGUUUGACGUUUUAAUUUGCAGUUUUCUAACAUUCCACCUUGAGCUUGUUUUAACUGGACCUGGCAGUUUAGUUUUUAUUUACGUGUGUUUAAAAAAAAAAAAAGAAAUAAUGU